CAUUGUUUCUGCUUCAAGUGUGGAGAGAUGACUGAGGCAAUCCCCAGGAACCCUGGGACUGUAGCUGUAAUUGUGAUGGUUAUUUUCAUGGUUCUGAGGACUCCCAGGGCUCAUCCUAGAGCUGCUCCAAAGGAUUUCGUGUACCAAUUUAAAGGCAUGUGCUACUUCACCAACGGGACGGAGCGUGUGCGGCUAGUCGCCAGACAAAUCUACAACAAGGAGGAGACUCUGCGCUUCGACAGCGACGUGGGGGUGUUUGUGGCUGUGACCGAGCUGGGGCGGUCGAAUGCUCAGAGCUGGAACAGCCAGAAGGACCUCCUGGCGGAGUAUCGGGCCCAGGUGGACACGCUGUGCAGACACAAUUACAAGGAGACUGCUCGCUUCACUGUGCAGCGGAGAGUGGCGCCCACAGUGACCAUCUCCCCAGCCAGGACGGAGGCCCUGAACCACCACAACCUGCUGGUCUGCUCGGUGACAGAUUUCUAUCCUCGUCAAAUUAAGGUCAGGUGGUUCCGGAACAACCAGGAGGAGACAGCUGGCGUUGUAUCCACGCCUCUUAUUCAGAAUGGGGACUGGACCUGCCAGAUCCUGGUGAUGCUGGAAAUGACUCCCCAGCGAGGAGAUGUCUACACCUGCCACGUGGAGCACGCCAGCCUGCAGAGCCCCAUCACAGUGGAGUGGAGGGCACAGUCUGAAUCGGCCCAGAGCAAGAUGCUGAGUGGAAUUGGGGGCUUUGUGCUGGGGCUGGUCUUUCUUGGCUUGGGCUUUAUAAUCCACCUUUGGGACAAGAAAGUGACUGGCUCAGUGACUUUGGAGUGACCCUACUCUAUGGCAGUGAAAGCCUCAUUGUACAUGGAUGGGAGUGCAGGAGAGAAGGGUCUGGAGCUGCGCAUUCAUUUCCUUUGGAGGGGCUCGGGCACUGACUCAAACAUUCUUCUUCCUGGGAUCUGUCACUGCUUUUCCUUGGUUUUGUCCUGCCAUCAUCCUUGUUCAUGCUUCCCAGCCUCCCCUCUAUCAGGCCUGUGAGCAAGCCACCUCUGCCAGCUGUCACCCAUGGCGGUCCUGCUCGCACAGUGACUGAGGUCAGCUGCCAUGGCUCCCUUGUGUUCUUGGCUUUCCUGCACUUCUGCCUGUGACUGAUUUGUACCCUGGUGCUAGACGCGCUGAUC